UGCAGUUUAUUGAAUAAUAUAUGGCGCAAAGAAAUAAGAGUGAUACUUUGUAAUAUUAUAAUUAAUAUAAAUUCAUAAUAUUAACUUUUAUAUUUAUUCUUAAAAUCUAUUAUAUUAACUAUAGUAGCGACUUAUAAAAUUAAUUACUUUUCUAAGCAAUUGAUUUUGUAUUAUCAUUUUUUAAUCAUUAGGAUUAACUAGCGUAGGAUUUAAUAUAUAAAAAAUUAUAAUCUGUCAUCUAUAAUUUUUCAAAUUAAGGCGCACUCAUGAGAAUGAAUGAAUUAAUGAAAGUUCGAAAAACAUGAAUAUAUCGAUAUAACAAUCUCUCGGGAGCAACUCCGCGGUUCAAACACGAAUACAUAUGCCACGGAAAACAAAGUUUUAAUAAUAAAUCUUGAUCCUUUACAUCUAUACAAUUCAAAUAAUUAUUCAAUAUGAGAAUCGUUUGCGCUGCAUUAAAUUGUAAAUAUUCCUCGGAAAAUGAAGAUUCAUCAAAUGUCAUUUUCAUUAAUUUUCCUAACGAUGACACAGCCAAAAUAUGGGCGGAAUGUUGCGGUAGAUCGGAUUUGGCCACAAAAUCGAAUGCAGAAUUACAUUUAAAUUAUUACAUUUGUUCCCAUCAUAUUGAAGAUCGCUGUUACAUAAACAAAACUAUGCCUAUUACGAUAGAAAAAAAAGAAGGUACUAUUUCUGCCUUAUUUAGGACCAACUCAAGUACCGAUAAUGAGAAUUCAAUAAAUAUAUUUGAUAAAUCACAGCAUCUCCAAGAAGUAGAUGAUAAUAUGCCUCUGACAUAUUGUGAUAUGAAUGUCGAGACAGAUGAAUAUCAUGACAUCACUAUCAGAUUUACAAAUUUAUGCCGAAUCUGUGGUGAAUCUGCUUUGGAUGGAAUAGAUAUCUUUGCAGCCAAGGGUAUAGAGUUUAAAUUAAGAGAAAAAAUAAAUUUGCAUAUGCCUAUUUCAAUUAAUAUAGAAGAUUCAAUGCCACAUAAAGUGUGUGUUGAUUGUUACAACAAAUUGGAAAUUGCACAUUCUUUAGUUGUUUCAUGUUUACGUACUGAUUUGCGGAUGAAAAGAUUCCUAAAUAUAGAAAGACAGUCAGAAUAUGAGAAUAAGUACAAUACAUUAAUUGAGGAAUGUUCAUUAGAGAUGACUCAAGAGGUGUGUGCAGAUGAGAGUACACAUACUUAUUCAUUUAUUACAAAUAAGAUAAUAAAUCCUUCAGAAACAAAUUUGAGGGAAUUAGGAAAUGAUGUACGUUCUGAAAUACAGAAUCAUAACUUUCAGAGCAGUGCAAAGAGCAUUGUGCCAUCAGAAUUAAAUACUCUGAUCCAAACCUGUACAGAAGUUAACAGCAAGACUAAUAAGAUUAUCACGGAAGAAAUAUCACAAAUUCAACAAGAUAAAAUCCAGGAUAAAAAUCAUAGCAUUUUUUGCUUGCAGUGCCAAACUUUGUGCGAUACACAAGAAAUAUUUGAAAAUCAUAAAAUAUUUUGUAAUAAGAAAGAGAAUGUUCUUAAACAUAUAACUAGAACUGUAGAAAAUGAAAAGUAUAGGAAUGAGCAGGUUAGCUUUAAAAUAAAAAAUUCUCAAACAUUCAAUAAAGAAUAUGAAAACAAGCAAAUUACUGAUAAAGCUAAAAUAUAUGAGUCAAUUUAUUGUACUGUUUGCAAUAAAGUAUUUAAAUGUCAGCAGGAUUAUGACAAUCACAAGUAUCUUCAUGAAAAUCUUAUCACUGAAAUGAGUAAAAGGUGUGGUCAUUGUAAAGAAGUUUAUCUUAAUAGAAAAGACUUGUUAAAUCAUAUCACGGAAUCGCAUGAGGGGCGAUUAUUAUUUCAAUGCUCUACAUGUGAUAAGAUGUACGAGAAAUGGUCCAGUUUAGAUAUUCAUGAAGCUACUCACAAAAUAGAUAAGCCAUAUCUUUGCGAUCUGUGUGGAAAAAGUUUUAAGCAUUCCAAUAAUUUGAGAGGUCAUAAAAGAAUUCAUUUGGAUGAAUCUAUAAAGAAAAGACACAUGUGUGAGACUUGUGGCAAAGCAUUCAGAUCACGAUUUCAUUUGCGAGAACAUAUGAAUCAACAUAAUGGCAACAGACCCUAUUCUUGUGAACAGUGUGGGAAAGCCUUCUACAAAAGAAUUCAAUUACGCCAACACAAAUUAUCACAUGGAUCCAAUAAGCAUGUAUGUCCUGUUUGUGAUGCGACAUUUAAUCGCAGAGGAAACAUGAAUACACAUAUGAAACGACAUAAUGCAGUUGGAGCAUAUACAUGUAGUGUCUGCACUUACAAGUGCAAAUCUAUGAGCGAAUUGAAGAUACAUAGGAAAAAACAUACCGAAGAAGAAAUAGUAGAAAGCAUAAAAAAAAAAUGUAAUGACAAGGAGAUAUGGCAGUGUAAUGUCUGCAACAAGGUAUUUCCAAAGCGCACCGUUCUGAUAAAUCACGAACGCGUACACGGAAACGAUAAAUUGUACGGUUGCGACGAAUGCGGUAAGAAAUUAGCGAGUAAAAGCUCAUUAAUGUAUCACAAGAAAUCGAUGCAUCUAAGAGAGAGACCGCACAUGUGUCACUAUUGCGGAAAUUCGUUUGUUUCGAAAGAAGCGCGACUGAUCCACGAAAGGAUACACACAGGAGAACGUCCGUACAUCUGCAAGGUUUGCAAUAUGCGAUAUAGAUGUUCCAGUAAUCUCAGCCAACAUAUGAAGAUCCACACAGGUCUCAAGCCGCAUAAGUGUCAUUAUUGUAACAAAGAUUUCACGCGCAAAGGUGCGCUAAUUGUCCACGAGAGGAUCCACACGGGCGUUAAACCAUAUCCUUGCGAGACUUGUGAUAAAAGCUUUUCGCAAAAGAAUGAUAUGUUGAAGCAUGUCAAGACGCACAAUGGCAAAUUAAUGCAAUGUAGCCAAUGCAACGAGAUUUUUAAACGGAAAAAAGAUAUGUUAAAGCAUAUCGCGAUGCAUAAACCAAAUAUUUCAAUGAUUUCAAACAAUGUCAAUUUGUCAUCAUUGAUUCCUCGAUCUUAUGCCAGUACAAUUGCCUCUUCGGAUAGAGAAAGAGAAAUUGAAUAAUUUCAAUUUUCGAAUCUAAAAUGAUAUUUUUGAUGGUGCUGAUUUCAUAAGUAUAUGACUUGAAAAACUGUUACCAAUAUCCGAAGAUGAGAAAAAUCUACGCCUCGAAAAUGUCAGUUAUGGAAUGUUUACAUGGAUACAUAUAUUUUUUAUCAUAUUAGAUUAUCCAAGGAGGCUGCACGCUCUUGCCGUUCUUGUUUUGAGAAAGAGAUCACUAUAUGAUUUGAUAAUUUGACUUUGAAAUUUUCAAAAAAUCAGUUUACUAAUGAGUUUUGUCAGUAUUUUUAUCCACAAUGUUUUUUAAAAAAAAAAAUGAACUUGUUAAUCAAUAUCUUUAGUGUACAGGUAACUUGGUCUAGCUGAAAUGUCUAAGUAUUUGAAUAUCCAUAUUAUUCAUAUAUUCAUUACUAUAGUUUUCCUGUAUUGCUAUACAAAUGCGAUAUAAAAUAGCGAAUAUAUUACGUAUAAAAUUAAUUUCCAUAUAUGAUUUUUUACGAUGUAUAAUAAUUGAUAUUAUAAUAAUCACUUAUUUUUAGGGAUAAAUUUAUGAGAUAAUAAUAGUUAUCUUUGUGAGCUUCUAAUUGGAAACUGAAAGAUAAAGAUUAGGUGUAAUGAAAGUCAUUGUUAUAUAUAGAAUAAUACUCUUUAUUGUUUUUGAUAGUUCUUGUCGUUUUUCAUAUCGCACAUGCGCUGCAGUUUCUUUUUAUUCAACUUUUGUCAUUCAAUAUCCAGUUAAACGAUUCUCCAUUUUGACUGUCAAUUCUGCUGCUGCUGCUGUUGCUGCUAAUAUAUUUUGGUAGAACAGUACGCGAUACACAACUCCACGAUUUUUU